CGAGGACAAUUUUUGUGCUAAAGACAAAAACAUCCGCUUGCAAUAUGAAAUAAUGCCGCGACUGUGUAUAAAGAUUUAUGUUUUAAUAUUAUGGCUUUCAUUGUUAGGAAAGAUUCACCAGCAAACGAUUCUUACGCCUUCUCAAGCAACCGUGAUCGAAAAUGGGACUUUGACUCUUACAUGCAAAAGUAACAACAAAAACCUUUCAUAUUAUGCCUGGUUACGUGAAAACAUAGCUAUUGGCAUUAUUAUUAUCAACGAAAACGGGUCAUGUGCCCCUCCAGAUCUGUCUAGUGGUCCAAAUAAAACUCUUUACGAAUAUGAGUGCCAGAAUAGAUCUGUGCUUACUUUGACCAUAAAACGUGUGACCAGUUUAAACCACGGCGAUGGAUGGAAGUGCUUCGCUGAAAACGCAUAUAGUAAUGCGGUCAAUAUUAGUGUAACAGUCCCCCCUUCGGAUGUUAACAUUAACGACCCAUCGUUGUCUAUUGCAUCGUUUGUAGAAAACACAACAUUUACAUUUACUUGCACGGUUGCUCGCACAAUUCCGGAGGCCGAUGUGACAUGGUUUUACAGCAAUCGAACAAUAGACGACACUGCCAUUCAUCAGUCUGUGAGCACUUCUUCCAAGUUAAACUCGGAUAGAACGUUUGUCACUACCUCUGUGCUGUCACUCUUUGGUACAAGAUCUAUAAAUGACGAAAACAUUUAUUGCACGGCUGAUGCCAAAAAUGGAUCUGCUAGUUAUAUGUCAAGAAUGAUAACCUUGGACAUCUGGUUUCCACCGAAGGAGGCACCAUCUAUCAUUGAGGUAAAUUCCGGAUAUGAAUACUUUGCCAUCCGAAAUAAAUCCCAGACGCUCACAUGUACCGUUCUUGGUGGGAACCCAGCACCAAACAUUACAUGGGAUUGCACUGAUGGAGAGAUGGGAGAAACAAAUUAUUCUGGCUCGGGUGUUUCAAGGGCUGUCACAUGGUCGGCAUAUGAAGAUGAAGAUUGUACAUGCACUGCAACACAUGUAUUGAAUGCCAAAUCAACAUCUUCUGUCCAUAUCAAUGUCUUGUUUGGCCCUUCAACGCCGGAUUUGAGACUAAUGAAUGCAACCGUUUUUGAUAAAGGCACUGUAUCCGUUAUUAAAGGUUUAAAUUAUAAAGUAGAAUGUUAUGCUAAAAGUAACCCGCAAGCAGACAACUACACGUGGACGUUUUCGAACUCAGACAAAGUAAUAUAUUCAGAAACAUUGAACUUAACCAACGCAAGUGAUCGGGUUAUUGGUGAAUAUACAUGCGAAGUGUCCAACAUAAUGGUACCUACAGUUGGUGAAAUAUUGACAGGAUUUGCAUCCGCAUCACUUAAUGUUGAUUUACUAUAUUCACCGACAAAGCCAAAUUUUUAUUAUGGCGACCUCAACGACAGCUUGAUACUAAAUGAAAAUCUAGUCAUGCUCCGCAACGAAACGAUUGACGUAAAAUGCGUUUCCUAUUCUAGACCUGGUCCUCCAAUUUACCUCUGGAAUUUAACGAGUCAGUUACUAACAAUAGGGCCCAUGGAAAAUGACAGUUCCUUUAUGUGCAAUGUCAGCAACAUAAUGAACCCAAUCGUUGGAGAGACGGUGAAUGGCAGCAAUGAAUCAAUUCUAAACGUCACUGUAUUAUAUCCACCGACAACACCACUACUAUAUUUUCGGUCUUGUUCUGACGAUUAUCAAGUUGUAGAGGGCUCAAUUAACAUUACAGAGGGUGAAAAUAUCAUGUUUUAUUGCAUUGCUGAUAGUCGUCCAUCGGCUGACAUAUCAUGGCUUGAUAAAGCUUUACCAGGACAGACCUUUAACAUAACAAAUGUUACCAGACAGGAUGCUGGAAAGUAUACCUGUAGUGCAGAAAAUCGUAUGACAACCACGAAAGAUGGAGAAAUAUUUGGGUAUAAUUCGUCAUCAGUUGCAAUCACCGUUUUAUAUCCUCCGACUGUCGGGCGUCUGGGUAAACACGUAGUUGUUGAGGGUCAGUCGUUUAGUGUUCAUUGUCCUGUCAUAGAUGGAAAUCCAUUAUUUGACUCCAUAAAAUGGACAAACAAAUCCAAUAAUUCGACCUUAUCGACUAACCCUAAAUUGGAUUUUGAAAAUGUUACUCGGAUUCAGUCUGGAUUUUACCGAUGUACAGCUUUUAAUACAAUGAAACCGAGUGGAUGUCCGCCCCAAACAGGAUUCAAUUCAGAAUAUUUAGAGCUUGAAAUUCAAUAUAAGGCCACAGUUACAUCAAUAACAUUUUCUGGAGUUCCAGUUGAUCCAAUUAUGGAAAUAAAUCAGAAUGAUAAUAUAGAGUUUACCUGCUUGGUGGACAGUUUGCCUGGUUCAAAUAUCAGUUUUGCAUUGAAUAGUAAAGCCGUUGCAAAAAUUCAAAAUGCUUCAGAACUGACAUUUAAAAAGGAUGGAAUGACAUGUGAAAACGACAGUGGACGCUAUAGAUGCUCUGCUGCGAAUAUGUUUAACACAGAGCCAGACGAACACUAUUUUCAAAUAAAUGUAAAAUGCAAGCCAAGAACAAUGCCUUCCUUUCACCUUAGCAAAGAGUUAGUGCGGGUCGCUGGCUCGACGGCAAUACUCAGUUUAGUCAUUGUGGCCUAUCCAGUUCCGAAUUCAAAUGACUUUGUUUGGGAAAUGUAUAAUGGAUCGUAUUGGGACGUGAUUGAAAGCACUCCGGAACGCCAAAUACUCGUCAGGGAUGGUCUUCAAUCUGAUGUUAUCAUUUAUCGAGUAACUGACUCUGACUUCGGUCUCUACCGAGUUACGGUUUCCAACGAAAUUGGAACACAACAGUGGAACUUCACAUUACUACCUCCACAGAAGCCCACGUCUCCUUUCAUGCUAAGGGUUAUCAACGAGACAGUGACUUCUUCAUCUGCAACAGUGCAAUGGACACGGGGUUUUAACGGAGGUCUCCCGCAGACAUUUUUACUCGAAUAUAAGCAUACAACUUCUGUCUCAUGGAGCACAGUCUUCAUCGAAGAUAAUUUAAAACCUAUUUUAAAUCAUACUCUGUACGAACUAGUCAGUGGAAGCUCAUACGAAGCAAGGAUUCGAUCAAGAAAUAGCAUUGGUGCUUCGAAUUAUUCUUCAAUCAUAGAGUUUCAGACUCAAAGUCCAAACGCAGCGAAAAGUGAUACAAAGUUAUGGAUUGUUGGAGCCGUUGGAGGGGGCGUUGUGGUUCUUGUCGUCAUAGUUGUUAUUACUUGCAGGAAAUAUAAAGGCCGACAUGACAGAAACAGAAAUGAAGAGAUCUCUAUGUCAGAAAAGGAUUUGAAUCCGUAUGCAGAAAUCGGUGAAGACAUAGUUGGUUCUAAAGGGUAUCAAGAGCUCAUUAAUAGACCAACGCAAAACAGCGCGACAUAUACUGGAUUUGACAAUCCAGGUCAGACAUCCGAAAAUCAACCUCCAAGUGUUGACAAGAAGAAAACAAAACCAAUUGUUUGGAGAAAGCAAAAAGGGCACAAGGUCAAAGUUACAGUGGAAAACCCACGAGGUUCCUAUGCAGAACUCUCAGCUACAUCGUCUGUUCGUCGUGAACCCCUAGCGCCUCCAGACAAGGGUGAAGCCGCUUCGAGGGAUUACUUGCAUCCCGUUGCAAAUGUAGUACCGCAAGGAAAAACUAAAUCGACGAAAGACAAUGGUCGUGAUAUCUCGGAUAGAUCCCUAAAUGAAACGAUUGACAAAAGCAAAGCUUCAGAUGACUACCUUCAUCCGGUUGGGGGGAAGAAAACACCUGUAAAAAAAGAAAUGCAGGAAAGUGACAAUAAUCUGAAGAAAGACGCAUGCAACUCUGGCUAUAUGGACAUGGAUGUGUAUGCCAAACCAGUAAAAGGGUUCCCGCAAACAAAAAAGGAGGAUGUCAAGAGGAAGUCUGAAAAAGACAGUUCAGAUGAAGACGAUAGGAACACAAAGACCGGUGACAGAGCAUCAUAUCUCAAUCUUAAAGUGGCCUUGUGAAUGACAUAGAUAAAUGUGAAUCCAAAAACAUGUGAUAAUCACUUCAAAGAGCACUAGCAAUUUACAUGAACAGAGUCAUUAUUUGAUUUGUAAAUAGAACUGUUAUCUGCGUCUUUUGUCAUGCAUGUAAAACUAACUACCAUUAUUUCAAUAAUGCGGACAAUAAAUGUUUCCUCCUUUUUUAAAUAAUUGAGAUUUUAUAUAAUGUGUUCUAACUUUUAAUUCAUCACCAAACAAGAGACACGUAUAAACGCGACAACCAAUAUUACUUCACAAUAUCGUCAUAAGUGUUCGUAAAAAUACCUUCAGAAGGUGUAUAAAACAUGAAUACCAAAUAUACUGUCCCUGUUAUCAAAAUGACAUGCAAUCUAGAACCAUUGUACUCCUUAGCGAUACGUUAUGUACUUAAAAUAAGAUUUGCAAUAAAUCCGUCUCAAUGUAGGAGACAAUAGAGAUUAAAAAACACUCAAAUCGCGUUAAUGUUUGUUCUCUGUCAAAAGUCAAUAUCUUUUCAAGCAGUUAAACGACUAUCUGACUUAUGAUGUGUUUGUACCUUUUUGCAGAAGGUCAUGAGUUGAAGUUGAUGAUUCAAGAUAAAAAUUAACAAAAACAUUGGGCACAAUCAUUCACCUUUAGGUGGAAUAUGUUUGUUAUCUGGCAUUUCGACGAAAUUGAUAUUGGCGCGUAUAAAGGGAUGUUUAUAUUUUAAACUGGGAUUAUUUAAGCAUCGAUAUAUAUAUAUAUAUAUUAUCAAUUAAAGAAGUCAAUUAAAUGUUAUUAUUAUAUUAUAUACAUACAUGUAUUCAUGAAAGUUUAUGCAUAUAUCUAUGUAAUUUUGAGACGUUAAAACAAAGUAAUACACCAGACACCUUUUAGGGGGGUUAUAAGACCACAAAGACAAAUGAGAAAAAGGAAUCGGACAGUACGUCUUGUUGCACGUCCUACCGUUUAUAUAAUGUGUGUGUCCUUAUUAAAAUGU